GGAGCGCAAGUGCACCCGGAGGGCGAUGGAGCGCGCGCGCGGGUCGCGGUCUGAGGCCGGCGCGCCAGAAGAGGAGGAGGGGGCUGCCAUGGCGGCUCUGGCGGCGGCUACUGGGGGUGCAGGUCCGGCCGUCCUGCAAGUGGCUGGCCUCUACCGGGGUCUGUAUACCGUGCGCAGCCGUGCUCUGGGUUUGGGGCUCGUUUCGCCCGCCCAAUUGCGCGUGUUCUCUCUGCGCCGCGGCCCGGGCCGGCCUGCUGGGGGCGCCGACGGCAAUGGGGUCGAGGCCGAGCUUGAAGCCAACCCCUUCUACGACCGCUACCGCGACAAGAUCCAGCAACUGCGCAGGUCUGACCCUCCUGCUUUUGAAUCUCGCCUGGAGAAGCGCAGUGAAUUUCAGAAGCAGCCAGUCGGGCACUCUAGGCAAGGUGACUUUAUCAAAUGUGUGGAGCAAAAGACAGAUACUUUGGGGAAGCAGUCUAUGAGCAGAGGAUUCACAAAGGACAAGACUCUUAGUUCAAUAUUUAACAUUGAGAUGGUGAAAGACAAGACUGCAGAAGAAAUAAAACAGAUUUGGCAGCAGUAUUUUGCAGCUAAAGAUACAGUCUACGCAGUUAUUCCUGAAGAGAAGUUUGAUUUGAUCUGGAACCGGGCUCAAUCCUGUCCCACAUUUCUGUGUGCACUCCCAAGAAGGGAGGGUUAUGAGUUCUUUGUUGGACAGUGGACAGGUACUGAACUCCAUUUCACUGCACUUAUAAAUAUUCAGACGCGAGGGGAAACUGCAGCCAGCCAGCUGAUUUUAUACCACUACCCUGAACUGAAGGAGGAAAAGGGAAUAGUGCUGAUGACAGCAGAAAUGGACUCUACCUUUCUGAAUGUUGCUGAGGCCCAGUGCAUUGCCAAUCAAGUUCAGCUCUUCUAUGCCACUGAUCGGAAAGAGACCUACGGGUUAGUGGAGACCUUUAACCUAAGACCAAAUGAGUUCAAGUAUAUGUCUGUCAUUGCUGAAUUGGAGCAAAGUGGACUUGGGGCAGAACUGAAAUGUACCCAGAACCAAGAUAAGACUUAAAGCAGUAAGAGUUGGUGUCACUCGGGGUCAGCUCAGCCCUUGGUGGUCUAGAGC